AUGACGGAUUCCGUGGUGGUGGAGGGUCACGUCAAGUUGAGAGACGGAAAAAAGGUCCCCGCUCCCGGCGCCCCUUCGGCCCCCGGGGGUCCCCGGCCGCCGCCUCCUGCCCGGCGGGGAGAGAGCCCGCUCUCCCCUGCCCGGCCCCGGCUAACCCUGUCCCUUUUCUCGUUGCAGUGGAAGAGCAGGUGGCUGGUGCUGCGCAAGCCCUCCCCGGUGGCAGACUGUUUGCUCAUGCUGGUGUACAAGGAUAAAUCUGAACGAGCAAAAGGGCAUAAGGAGAGGAGCAGCAUGACCUUAGAAGACAUCUGUGGCUUGGAUCCUGGGCUCUCCUAUGAGGGCCUGAAUCACACACUCGCAAUCAUCUGUCUCUCCCAAGUUGUGAUGCUGGGGUUUGAGAACAAGGAAACAAUGUACGCCUGGGAUGUACGAAUACGCUACAGUCUGGGGGAAGUUCAUAGAUUUCAAGUCUUUGUAGCCCCUGGCACAAAACUAGAGAGUGGGCCUGCUACCCUGCAUUUCUGCAAUGACAUCCUUGUCCUUGUGAAGGACCUUCCUCCCAGUGUCAUGGGGCAGUGGAAGCUCUCAGAUCUGCGCCGCUACGGAGCUGUCCCGAACGGAUUCAUCUUUGAAGGGGGUACCAGGUGCGGCUUCUGGGCUGGUGUUUUUUUCCUCUCUUGUGCUGAAGGGGAGCAGAUCAGCUUCCUGUUCGACUGCAUCGUCCGCGGCAUCUCCCCGACCAAAGGCCCUUUUGGUUUGCGUCCAGUGCUCCCAGAUCCAAGUACAAACCCAUCCUAUUCAGAAGAAAGAUUGGCUCAUGAAGCUUUGCAGUUAGAAAAGCGCUUGAGCUUGCUGUCCCAUACAAGUCGCCAAGGUAGUGGAGGAGACGAUAGGAGUAUUUCAAGCUCAUCUUCAGAUACCAGCCACUCAGAUGUCAGUGUUGGGAGCAGGUUGACAGUGUGGCCUGAGCAAUCUUCAGCCAGCACCUCUCAGGAGAGCCAUGGACUGGCAGCUGCAAAGGGCAUUCACCUGGGAGCAGAGAAGACCCUUCCAGAAGGGGCAUGUGGCACCACUAAACCCCCUCAGAAGCCCCUCCGAUCCAGACAGCUGCAGGACAUAGGUCGUCAGAGUUCUUCUGACAGUGGAAUAGCUACUGGUAGUCACUCUUCCUACUCUGGGAGCUUCUCUUCCUAUGCUGGGAGCUUAGACAUUUGCCAUGGUGAUGAGUUUGGAUCCUUGCUAAGCUUGCCAUUGAACUUUCCUUCAGAUCAGAGUCUAUGUACUUGUCCUCACAGUGAGUCCCAGAGAGGUGUGGGAUCAGAGUAUCAGGUUCCCAGCUCUCUCAGGCAUGUUUAUGAUGUACCCAGGAGUGUGUUACAGGCAGCUUCUAAAGAAGUGCAUCUGAAGAGUGCAGAUUCCACGCUACCCAAGGACCAGGCCCUGCCUGCUCAAGGUGCCAGUGACCCAAAACUGCUACUACCACACUUGGAGGCACGGAGGGGACCUGAGCACAGCCAGCACAGAGGGAGGCCUUCAUCCUUACUCACAGAAAGCAGCAAGGACUCAAGUGAUGAGACAUAUGUGGAUUUUGUUUCAAGGUGGUCAGACACCAAACCACAAGGACAGGUGUCAGACUCCAAAAGUAGUGAGCUGUCACCACCUGGUGGGGCCUCAGCUGACCCCUGUGACACAUGUAGCCCCCACCUUGGGAUGACAAGAGCUCUUUUUUCAUCUUGUCCAAUCUGUGGUGGACUAAAGGGAACAGCAGUAUUACAGUCUGGAGUCUUACCAUCUAUAUCAGGUGGUGCUUCUGUCAUGGCAGCUUCUGGGUCUUUGAAAGUGCAUAGAGGGCACAGUCUCCAAGCUGGUCCUAAAGGUGGGUAUGAGAUGUUACCACUUCCUUCAGAACCUGGAACUCCAACUAGUUCUGAGGAACCUGAAGGGGCUGUAGGUUAUUCAGCUGAUGUCCCCACACCAGAUCGACCCCACAGUGAGACAGCCACUUAUGUUAAUAUUCCUGUCAGCCCUACUUCCAAAAAACAGCUUCACUACAUGGAACUGGAACUUCAAGAAUCUAGCACAAGCAUAAGAGGGGGUGGAUCAUCCCGUUAUGUCCAGAUUGACAUUGCAGCCACCGAGACCGCGCACAAAGUGGGGACGCAGCACGCGCAGUGUCGCGAGGAACGCCUGCAGGAGCUGGAGCAGAAGAAGAAAGGAGCCCAGCAGUGA